GUUGUCGAUUUGCCUUGACAAGCUACCGUGCGUGCCUGUUUGCGUGUGUCUCUCUCUCUGUUCUUCCCUAGACCUCUUAUUUUUGGUUGUUGUUGUUUGUGUGUCUGUUUGGGUUUGACAGCAGCGUACCGCUCUCGUCGUCUUCUCCAAGCGCACGCACGCCCGUACGCAUACCGUAUACGCGUAUCGCGACAGAGUUAGUAACGCCCUGAAGCUCCCUCCUGUAUCGUCACAUCCCCCAGCUGUAUUCUCCCUUUUUUGAGUAUAUAUAUUAUUAUUUUUUACAAGUACAUACACAUUCAGAGAAAGACUCUCUCUCCUCUUGCUAUUUCCACGGAAAAAAUGGGCUGCCCUGCUUUCUGCGACACGGUGCUGAGCUUCCUACGGAAGUUCUUCUCGCUGAUCAUCGCCAUUCUGAUGGCCGUCAUCACCGUCCUCUACGUGGUCGGGGUGGGCAUUGUCGUCACCGGUGCCAAGAGCUUCGGCAAGUCCGGCUUCGCCCACUUCCUUGGAAUCCUGUUUGCGAUUGUGACGGUCAUUGGGUACAUCAUCCUGCACUUCGUGCCGCGCAAGGCGUACCGCCUCCUGUACGCCCUCACCUUCAUUCUGCUGACGACGAUGUUUCUCGUGGCGCACUCGUGGGGUCUGGCCGCGCCAGUCGUGCAGGACUGCCAGAGGAACGGAAAUCUGCACAUCAACACCACGUGGGGAGGUAUCGGCUCCAUCGGCACCGUGCUCGGCGAGGACAACGUCACCAUUACCAUUGGCUCACUGGGUGAGCCGAUAGCGCAGUGCAACGGCAAUGCCAUCCUCUUUGCAGCGGCCUUCUUAAACAUGAUUCUGUACGUCAUCGCACUGUUCGAUAUUCAGACGGUGCUGCUGGCGCGUGUGAAGUCCAAGACGUACGGCGAGCGCUUCGUGGAAAUGGGGAUCAGCAACUGA